AUGCGCCAACGGACUGGCGCGAAGCAGCGGGCGGCUACGCCUUUGCCUUCGCCAGUGCAUGCAGCCGAGGAUGUGACUGAAAAGCCGAUCGAUGUUCCAGCCGUUCACCUGGCAUCAUUGCUAAGAAACAGAAGUAUCAAGGAUUUUUUGGCCAGGCUUGGCUUUGUGGGAAUUUUCGUGACCGAAAACAUCAUGCAUGCCAUCCACUUUGAGUUUGAAGUGGAUCACAUGGUCUCCCCUGCGGUGGCUCCGCUUCCAAGGGAGUUUGCGGUUAGUUUGCAUCUUGUCCACAUUAUCUUUGGACUUUUCGGUGCGGUCUUCGUGCUGAUAUCUGGUUUCGACACUGCCGGCCGGACGGCUCUUACCAAAGGAACAUCGAUGAUGUUAGUUUUCAUGGGCACGAUUACGUGGACGUGGUGGAUAAAUCGUCAGGGAGUGUUGUACUGGAACCUGGAUCCAGUUCCGUUCUGGGACGUGAACUGCUCCGCCGAGAAGCGAAACCGGACAGUUCACAUUCUGAAGAACGUGUCUAUUGUUGGUGCGCUGACAAUCUUUCAGCAGAUGGCGAAGUACGAAGCACAGGACAUGCCCGGGCGUCCAUCGUUCCUGCAAGGCUUGAUUACAGCCUUGAGGCCUUGGAGUUUUGCUGGGAUCAUUGGGCCCUACCUUGUCCUUCUUGCAGCGCUUCGAUGCAUUCACGACAUAGCGCUUCCGGGCUACACGACCGUGUUCGCGCUGGUGGUCUCCUUGCUUGCAGUGCAAGCUACAGCUAAUCUCGUGAACUCGUACAAAGACUUCGAGAAAGGAAUUGACACCGUUGAGACUGCUGGUGACAGAACUCUCGUGGAUGGUUUGGUGUCUCCCACGACGCUCAAGGUGCUGGCCACGACAACAUUGCUUUCGUGGCUGUCCUUCUUUUCCUGGUCAGUUGUGGCCACUGGCUUCAACUACACAGUACUGGCCUGGGCGACCACAGGCACUUUGCUAGCCAUUGGCUACACCGCUGGUCCUGCCCCUCUCAAAUACAUUGGCUUGGGUGAUCUGACUGUAUUUGUUUGCUUUGGGCCGGGAGUUGUUUCCUACUGCUCCGUCGUUCUGGUGGGCAGAGUUGUGUGGCCAGCUCUGCUAAUGACCGUUCCGGCAUCUUUGUAUGUCGUCGGCAUCUUGCAUGCAAACAACUACAGAGAUAUGGAAGUGGACAGACGAGGAGGCUCGAGAACUGUGGCCAUACUGCUGGGCCCCAAGGCGUCGCUGGUUUACUACUAUGGCCUGCUGAUGGGAGCCCACGCUCUUGCACUCCUUUUGGGCGUGACAUUCGGGUGCCAUGGCGUGGCUGCGACCGUUUUUGUGCUUCCACAGUCGCUGUGGCUCUGUGUUCGCAUACACAGACAAGAGCUGCUCCGUGAUCAGGAUGAGGAGACGGCAAAGUCGAUGAUGAUGUUCAGCGUGGCCCUCGCCCUCGGGAUCUUAACUAUGCCCGGCAACUUGUCUGUCCUGCCCAUGAUGGUAUGCGCGCUAGUCACCAUCGUGCUGAAGGUCUUCGCGGACUGA